AUGGCAGCCGCUAGCGCCAACAAUUCUACAGCUUCUACUGGAACUGCAAGUACCACAAAUAACAGCAGCUUUUCCCGUGCCCCUUCAUCAUGGGACACACAGGACGACAUUUUGCUUCGCCAUUUAAAAGAAGAACAAAAGCUCGGCUGGAAAGAAAUUGCAGCGCACUUUAAUAACAGAACUCCAAACGCCUGUCAAUUUCGUUGGAGAAGAUUACGGUCCGGGGUAUUGAAGAAUACCCAAACCCCUACAAAUCAGCCAUUGAAAAGAGCGAUAAAUGCUGCUAAAGCAGCAGCGGCGGCUUCGGCAAACAAUAAUAAAAAUAAUAAUAAUAAUGGCGGGACCAAUGAUGGUUUGCAUGGGGUGCUUGCUGGUCUUAAUGCUUUAAGCUCUGGAGUUAGGAAUGGCUCGCCAGGAUUAUUAGUAUCUUCAAACUCAUCACCUUUACAAGAUAGUAAAAAUGCUAAUGGUGGAACCUCAUUGUUUGCUAGUUUAAUGGGCAAUGGAACCACCACUGCAAAAGCCAGAUUAACUACUAAUCCUAGCAGUGGGCUAUCGGCCAUGAAUUUUGGAACCAAUGCCCCUCCUAAUUACACCAAUUGGAGUUUCAGUUCUACCGGUGCAUCAUCUAAUUCCAUAGCAUCAAAUUCCCAUAAUAUUGGCUCCCCACCAGAUAGUAAUGAUCCGCUUUCUAAUAGUCUAUCAUCUCUCAACUCGUUAGACUCUGCUACAUCAAAUAAAAACUCGUUCAACUUGUACAGUAGCCAAGGGGCGACCCAUGCAAUGUCAACCAACAGUAUGAAUUUCGACCCAACAGUACCUGGCUCUGCAGGAAAUAGUUUUCUGCAAACACUUAUGCUGUCGUCUAGUCAAUCAUUACCUUGGUCUCAUGAUGAAGAUGAACUCUUAUUAUCCAAACGUCGCCGGGAGUUGAGUUUAACCGAGUUGAGUAUAUUGUUGCCUUGCCGUACCGAGGAGGAUAUUUUAGGUCGUAUUAGGUUACUUGACUCUCAAACACGAAGUCAGCCGAGAAAAGGAAGCGCUACAAGAAAUGGAUCGGUGAUCACGUUGUAUGCGGGGGAAAAUGAUAGUCAUAGUGAUGUGACAAUGCGAGAAUCAAGGGGUAGUGGUAUCAAUGGCUAUGGCUUACAUACUUUAUCAAGAACUUUAAGUGCUUCUUCCCAGAUAUCUCUUAAUUCCAAUACCUCCAGCUUUUCUUAUGCUACGAACAAUAACCCUAUUCCAACCAGUGCAGGCGGGAACAACAACAAUAACAGCCUCCGCAACAAUAACGAAGCUGCAUGCACCACGUCAAAACCUUCUAAUUUUGCCAAUAGUUUAACUAGCAAUAAUUCUUCACCUUUACCUUCGUCGAAAUCUUCACCAUUAUUAUCAUCUAGUCAAUUACCUUUGCAUACGAUGGCCACUGGUGAACUCACCAGCAUAAAUACUGCUAAUCCAUCGGGAAUUCCCUCGGGGAAUAAUACCCCACUUACGAUGUCUGGUAUGAUGGCUAAUAACACCAGUACCAACAUUAACACUACAAACGGCAUCUCUUCGAAUUCUGUUGCCACUUCGCCCCCAAGUAUUGUUGGCGGAGGAACCAGUAUCUCGUCACUUAGAAGAACAUUGUCGCAACCAGGAAGCACCACCAGAUCGAUCAAACCCCAGAUGUUGGGGAAACCGAGUUCAGGAGGCCCAAAUCCGGUGAUUCUGGAAGUGAGUGUUCAUGAUUCUUCGUUAUCUGAGGACGGAGUAUUGACUGACAGCGAUGAAAAGAGAUGA